UUUCUAUCAGUAUAAUUUAUUCUUUUAGAGAAAAAUUAGUUUUAUUUUUUUGAUAGGAUGAGCGUGCUAGUUCAAUAUGUGGUAGUAAGAGGAGAUCUUCUGAAGACAAUGCAUUGGCCCAUUGGCGCAGUUAUAGCUCAAGCAUGCCAUGCGUGCACUGCUGUUACUCAUCUUUUUUACAAUGAUAAUUACACACAAGCCUACCUUGCCAAUUUAGAUGUUAUGCACAAAAUUGUCUUGGAAAUUCCAGAUGAGACCAGUUUAAAUAAUUUAUCUUUAACAUUGACAAAUGAGAACAUCCAUCAUAAACUCUGGAUUGAACAGCCUGAAAAUAUUCCAACAUGUUUAGUAACAAAACCUUACCCAAAGGAUAAAGUACAAUCAUAUUUUAAGAAAUAUAAAUUACUUAAAUUGUAAAAAGAUAUAAUUUUGAUUAUAUAACUAUGCUAUUUUCUUCUACGUUGUACAUUAUAAUCAAUCAUAAUAAA